AAUUGUAUUAACACAGUAACUGAAAAUAAAAAACAAAGCAAUUACUUCUUUGAGUCGAUGUCAAAAGUAAAACGUAACUUUUUUUAUAUUCCUGUUCUUCAAAAAAACAAAACAAUUUCAAAAUCAAAUGGAUUUAAAGACUGAAAACAUUUCCUUGUGUGUCAUCAAAAUCGAAAUCGAUUUGGAAACCAACGCAGAACAAGAAGGCGCUGUCUCUGCGGAGCAUCCAACCAAUCCGCGUGUGCAAAAGGAGCGCGAACGCGAUCGUGGACUUCGUCAGGCACGCGAAAUCAUAAUUGAGACAUAUUCAAAUAAACGUUGGACUAAGGAACCAAGCGAAUCGAACGAGUUGAAAAAAAUGAAUUGGGCCUCUGCACUCCAGCAGCAUACCAAUAGCCCAACAGCUGGCAGUUCACGCGAGACGACGCCACGUGGAGGCGGUGAGGAAUCACAAGCAACUGCCUCUAACUUUCCACAAGAAAUUGGCUACUUCUCCGGCAAUCCCAUUGUGGAGGUAACAAAAGGAAUCAUACAUCUUUACAAAAAGAACGAGCGCAAGGCUAUCAAGGAGGCGCCUUCAAAUCAACUCUGCCUCCUCGCUGUGCCAGCCACACUCAACUGCCACGAUUUGCUCAAUUUUAUAGCGCCCUGUCAUGCGGAGAUUAAGCACGUAUGCAUCGUACGCGAUGGCAGUCCCAAUCAAUUUAUGGUGCUACUCGAGUUUCGUUCCAAUGAUUCUGCCUUAGAGUUCUAUAACUCUUACAAUGGAUUGGCCUACAACUCCCUGGAGCCUGAUUCGAUCUGUCAUGCGGUUUGGGUGUCACAGGUAGAGCGUGGAGAACAUGGUUUACCACCUACUGGUCAUACAGAACUGCCCACUUGUCCCGUUUGCUUGGAGCGCAUGGACGAGAGCGUUGAUGGUGUCUUAACGAUUCUGUGCAAUCAUGCUUUCCAUGCCAGCUGCCUGAUGAAGUGGGGCGAUUCCACUUGCCCGGUGUGUCGGCACGUGCAAACGCCGGAGCUAGUCGAGGAUUCGGUCUGCAUGGAGUGCGAGGGAACAGAUUCGCUGUGGAUAUGCUUAAUAUGUGGCCAUGUGGGCUGCGGAAGGUAUCAAGGCGGCCAUGCCGCAGCUCACUAUCGCGCCACCAAUCACACCUUUGCCAUGCAGCUGGGUACAUCGAGCGUGUGGGAUUAUGCCGGCGACAAUUUCGUGCAUCGUCUAUUCCAAAACAAGUCGGAUGGCAAGCUUGUUGCCUCGCAAACAGAAAAGGAUGAGCGCGAAGAGAAAAUCGACUCGAUGCAAAUGGAAUUCACCUAUUUGCUAACUUCACAACUAGACACGCAACGCAAAUACUAUGAGGAGCGUAUGGAGCGCCUGGAGAAAGACUGGCAAGAUUUUCAGAGCAAUGCCAGCGCGACCAACUCAGAAAUAAGUGAGCUGCAGCUGAUGCAGCAGAGUUUGCUUAAGGAAAAACAGGGUCUGGAACGAAAGUUAGCGCAUCAUGCAAACAAGCUCAAAGAGGUGCAAAAGCAGCUGACCGAGGAACGUGAGCUGUCCAAGGCCCUACAGGACAAUCAAACAUCCUGGCAUUUGAAAUACAAAAACCUAGAGCUACAAUACAACGAAUUCAAGCGCAACCAUGAGAAAGAGGUCACAGAUCUCAAGGAGCAGCUGCGCGAUGUCAUGUUCUUUCUGGACACGCAAGAGAAGAUGGCCAAUACCGAAAUGUCGGGCGCCUCUAUCACAGGUGUCACCGAUAAGGAGCCUGCCACCACAUCGCGCCGCGGCAACCGUCGCAAGAAAUAGAAUUAUGCAAAAGCUUAAAUUAAAUAUUAAAACAGUUGGAAGAUUCAAAUAUGUCACAAUAAAAUUGGCUAAACAGCA